AUGCCUAGUAAACGAAAACCAUCUCCAAAGAUAAACAAAUCAACCCUACCUAAUAGUGAUCUCACUUCCGCAACUAAAGUAAAUGAGAAUACUAGUAAAAGAGUGGUAUUAUCUCCAAUCAUCAAUCCUGCCUCAAAUCCAUCUAAAUUACCAAAUCCAAUUUCUAAAUCUGAACCUUCAAACCUCAAGAAACCAAUCUCAUACUCAUUGCCAGAUAUAAUUGAUCUCACCAUGUCCGACAAGAGCUCAGCGCCAAUGACUAUCUAUCAACUUGCAUUGGAAGACGAUGGAUCACCUUCAAAGGAAAAAUCGUACAUCCGUUUACCCGCGCCAUACGAACCUUAUGCAUUAAGGAUUCUGAUCGCAGCGGGAGCACGAAGUUCGAAAGCUGCAAGUCUCUUUACUAAUUUCCCAUUGGAUCAAAGCGAAUUUGAUCGAUCGAAGUUUCACGAAAAACCUUUACCUUCCGAUACAUCUAAACCGAUUCAAGUCGAUUUACCGAUCACUAAAGCUGGAGUGUUUGAAUUCUAUUUUGAGUAUGAUGACACCAGCGAUUCUCAUGAAAAAAGAAGGAUAAAAAGUCGAUCAGGUUACUUCAAUGUUGAUCCGAUCCUUUCGGUCGCUAGCAGGAAGUCUAUACUCAAGACAAGUCAGGACCACUCAGUUCAAGUACUGCCCUUUGGUAAAACCGGCGAGACAAUCGAUAGGAAUGCCCCUCUGGUUAACUUACCCCUCGAUGGGCUUGUGAUUCAAACCGUGAUAGCGAAAUGGAUGGGAACUUUAAACAAUUGGUCACCUUAUCUCGAUUUAAUACGUGAUCGGGGUUACAAUAUGAUACAUUUCACCCCACUUCAACAACGUGGAGAAAGCGGUAGCCCUUAUAGUAUCUUUGACCAACUGAGAUUUGAUCCUGAAUUAUUCGAAACUCAAUCUUCAUCCGCUGAGAAAGAGAAAGAAGAAUUAUCAACUUGGCUGAGUCGGAUCAGAGAUGAGUGGGGUAUAUUGAGUAUGACGGACGUGGUUUGGAAUCACACAGCUCAUAACAGUCUAUGGCUGAGGGAUCAUCCUGAAUCAGGAUAUAAUGUGCUAAACUCGCCACAUCUAGAGCCAGCUUUGGAACUUGACAGCGCCCUACUCGAGCUAUCUUCUCAACUGGCCAAUAAAGGUCUUCCAGUCGAACUUAAAUCAUCUUCAGACUUGGAUCAAAUCAUGAAAGCCAUUGAGCAUGAGUUGAUGCCUCAACUCAAAUUGUGGGAGUACUAUGUGUUGGAUGUCGAUCAACUUGUCACUCAAUUCCAGAAAGCUUGGAAUUCUACUCAGUCCACCAACGAUUCGUCCUCAAACUGGGCUCAACAUGUUGAUGCAUUUGCACUCGAAGCUGCCUGUUUACCCUCAUCGGAUGAUAAGGGUCAAGGAGGUUGGCGUGCAGUUACCGGUCCUCGAUCGCAUGCAACUCAAAAACUCAACCUUAAAGCGGCUGUGGAGUUUUUUCAUUCCAAAGGUUUGAAGGAAUGUGAUCCUACGGUACCGGAGCUUUUCAAGCGCUUGCUGCAAGAGUUAAACGUUGAUAGAUAUCGAGAGUAUGAUAAUGAUGUGAUCACGAUCUUGGGUAAUAUAAAGAACAGAUUACAAUACACUCGAUUAGAUGAAGGGGGUCCACGAAUGGGACCUUUCAAUGAAAAAUAUCCCUUGAUCGAGACCUUGUUUACCAGAUUAGAAGUAAACGAAACGACCAAAAAACACGAUCCACGCUCAUUAGCAUUAGCGAACAACGGGUGGAUCUGGAAUGCGAAUCCGCUCGAAGAUUUUGCUUCUCCAUCUUCCAAAGCGUAUCUGAGAAGAGAAGUUAUAGUCUGGGGAGAUUGUGUCAAGUUGAGAUAUGGUAAAGGAGAAAGCGAUAAUCCUUUCUUAUGGAAGAAGAUGAAAGAAUAUACUACGUUACUAGCUAGUCUCUUUCAUGGUUUUAGAAUUGAUAAUUGCCAUUCGACUCCAAUUCAUGUCGGCGAAGCUUUACUCGAUGUCGCCAGGCGAGUUAGACCGGAUCUCUAUGUUUGUGCCGAACUCUUCACGGGUAGUGAAGAGAUGGAUACGUACUUUGUUAGUCGACUAGGCAUCAAUAGUUUGAUAAGAGAAGCGAUGAAUGGUCACGAUCCGAAAGAUCAAAGUCGAUUGCUCUAUAACUAUGGAUUAGGUAAACCUAUCGGAUCAAUGGAUACGGACGUUCUUACCGAACAAUCAACUGUUGUUGAUUCCUCAACAGGGCAUUCGAAGCCGUGUCAAAUCGUUCCAUUACAUGGAUCAAGGCCACAUGCGUUUUUAAUGGAUUGCACUCAUGAUAAUGAAUCCCCAUCCAAGAAGCGAACAGCACGCGAUGCGCUCUCGACUGGUGCCCUGGUCGCUUUCUCUUAUGCGGCUGUAGGUUCGAACAAAGGAUUUGAUGAUCUUUAUCCCGAGUUGUUAGACCUUGUCAAAGAGAAGAGAAUGUAUGAGAAGGUUGAUGUUGCUCACGGGAUAGGCAGCUGGAAGAGGAUAUUGAAUCAUCUGCAUACGGAGAUGAUCCUGGAAGGUUAUAAAGAGGGUCACUUUCAUCAAGAAAAUGAUUAUAUUAUCUCACAUCGGGUUCACCCAUCUACUCAUCAUGGAUAUCUUUUAGUUGCUCACACAGCUUUCCAUGGUGAUGGGACUGAUCGAGGCCACGUCGAGCCGAUGAGAUUAAGGGGCACAAAAGCGCAAUUUAUACUUGGAUCCACGCUUGAAGUUGUCUCUAACAAGGACGCAUCCGAUGCUAAAACACUGAAAGGUCUUGACUCUAAACUUACUCCGAUUGAAGCUAACGCCACGGAUAUAAUUUGCUUGGGGUCUGAUGGCGAAGGCAAUUAUGUGGAUAUCAAGGUUCCGUCAAAAUUUCCUCCCGGAAGUGUGAUGCUUUUCUCCACUUGGAUGGAAGGUAUGAAAGUGGAAGGCGAAGGAGGAGCCACGAAAAGUUUAGAAUCAAUGAUGAGAUCAGGUGCAGAGCAAGCCUUUGGAAACCUUUCAAUCCUCGAUUUGAAUGUGGUCCUCUUUAGAACAGAUGGCGAGGAACGUGACAUAUCGGGUGGCAAGGAUGGGAUCUACAAUGUACCAGGCCUUCAUCCGGCGUUGACUUACUGUGGGCUCGAAGGAUGGAUGUUUGGAUUGAGACAUGUCAUUCGUAGCAAUGACUUGGGUCAUCCGCUCUGUGCACAUCUUCGAGAUGGACCGUGGGCUUUCGAUUAUGUGGUAGGCCGGUUGAAGAAUCAUUUGGAAUAUUUCCCGAACUUGGACAAGCCAGUCAAGUGGUUUGAAGAACGAGUCAAGGUGAUCAAAGAUUCAGUCCCAGCCUUUCUUCGACCUAAAUAUUUUGCUCUUUUGAUCUACGCCGCAUAUCGAGCUGGUAGAGCAAGAGUGAUUGAUCAAUGUUCAGAGUUUGUCAAGAACGGUACUGAUUUUGUGCACACGUUGGCGAUGAGUGCGAUCCAAAUGUAUGGAGUUGUACAAUCCAGUUCAUUAGACUCCAACAAAUUAGUAGGAUCUGUAGCAGCUGGUCUACCACAUUUCAGUUCAGGCUGGGCUAGAACUUGGGGUCGGGAUUGCGGGAUCAGUGCAUCGGGAUUGUUCGUCAAGACUGGACUUUGGGAACCUGCUCGGGCUCAUAUUUUGUGUUUCUGCACGACUCUUAAACAUGGAUUGAUGCCUAACUUAUUAGAUUCGGUUAGAACCCCGAGAUACAACUCUAGAGAUGCACCUUGGUUUAUUUUACAACUAUUGCAAGAUUAUGUCAAACAUUCUGAAGAAGGUGAAAGUUUUCUAGAUGUGGAGAUCUCCAGACGGUUUCCCAAGUCGGAUGAAUGGGUCAGUUGGGAUGAUGAGAAAGCUUACAAGGAGAAGAUGAAAGUGAUUGAAGUGGUUGAAGAAGUGUUGGAAAGACACGCAAAUGGCAUUCAUUUUCGUGAAUACAACGCUGGACCAGCAAUCGAUUGCCAGAUGAAAGAUAUUGGAUUUAACAUUGAUAUCGAGGUAGAUUGGAACUCUGGUUUGAUCCAUGGUGGAAAUGAGUUUAAUUGCGGGACUUGGAUGGAUAAGAUGGGAGAGUCUGAGAAGGCUGGGAAUAAAGGGAUUCCAGGUACAUCCAGAGAUGGAGCGCCGGUUGAGAUCACUGGGUUGAUCUAUAGUACAUUGAGAUGGAUGGAAAAACUCUCGGAUGCAGGCAAAGUAAAGAAGGAUGGGGUCGAGAUCACCAAAAACGGGACGAAGACUGUGACUAAGUAUCGAGAUUGGGCUGACUUGAUACGUGAUAACUUCGAGAAGAAAUACUAUGUGCCGUUAGAUCCAAAGGAAGACUCGAAGUACGAGAUUGAACCGAAUCUAGUAACUCGCAGAGGCAUCUACAAGGACGUCUAUGGUACUCCAAGUGAACGAGCUCAUGCAGAUUAUCAAUUGAGACCGAAUUUUCCAAUCGCGAUGGUUGUUGCUCCCGAUCUCUUUGAUCGAGAUCAUGCUCAUGAAGCACUUCGAACAGUCAAACAGGCUUUGAUGGGACCACUUGGGAUGAAGACACUCGAUCCAAAGGAGAGCGAUUAUAGACCAAAUUAUGAUAAUUCUAACGACUCGCAUGAUUGGCACGUCGCCAAGGGAAGGAACUAUCAUCAAGGACCUGAAUGGGUUUGGCCUGUUGGGUAUUUCUUGAGGGCUUAUCUAAAGUUCGAUUUGAAGGAUCAAAAGGAGCGUGGAGAAACGAUCCACGAGAUUCAUUCGAUGUUAGCGGCUCAUCGCAAACAUCUUAUACACGAUCCUUGGGCUGGUUUACCCGAAUUGACUAAUGAGAAUGGGAAUCAUUGCAAAGACAGUUGCGAGAGUCAGGCUUGGUCGACAUCGACUUUGUUGGACGCUUUGUUUGAUAUUUAUGAAGAGCAGAAACAAUUAUUAGCUUAAGACGUUGAGGUAGGCAAGUCUUUUCCUUACAUGAAGAGAAGAUUCCAAGUAAUCAAAGUUGUAAAAUUGCCAAUGAUGUUUGGCAAGAUAUGGGGGUGAUAACUUCAAUCUAAGAAAAGGAUAAUGAUGUAGGAGAUAGUAUGAGUGUAUUUUGAAGCAAUCUUGUUGUAUCUAGUUCGCAAGCAAUUAGCAUAUUUUUAGGCUUUUAUGUAAGUCAUCAAUCAAGGAUGUGUUUAGU